AUGGCGCCGGCGCCGACCACCGCGACCAUAAGCCCGGCGCCGGUCCACCCGAACCGCGUGCGGGUGCUCCUCCCGGGCCAGGGCGAUCAACCCGCUGCCGGCGCGAGGCCCGGCCCGGUGCUGUACUGGAUGCUGCGGGACCAGCGCCUCGCCGACAACUGGGCCCUCCUCCACGCGGCGACCCUCGCCGCCGCGUCCGCCGCGCCGCUCGCCGUCGCCUUCCCGCUCUUCCCCAAGCCCUUCCUCCUCUCCGCGCGCCGCCGCCAGCUCGGCUUCCUCCUCCGCGGCCUCCGCCGCCUCGCCGCCCACGCCGCCGACCGCCGCCUCCCCUUCUUCUUCCUCACCGGCGGGCCCGCGGAGAUACCGGCGCUGCUGCGGCGGCUCGGGGCGUCCGCGCUCGUCGCCGACUUCUCGCCGCUUCGGCCGGUUCGCCAGGCGCUGGAUGCGGUGGUCAGCGACCUGCGCCACGAUGCUGCUGCUGCUGCUGGUCUCACCGUUUACCAGGUGGACGCGCACAACAUCGUGCCGGUGUGGGCGGCAUCCCCGAAGCUCGAGUACUCGGCCAGGACCUUCCGAGGUAAGAUGAACAAGGUGUUGGACGAGUACCUGGUGGAGUUCCCCGAAUUGCCAGAGGUGGUGCCAUGGGACAGGGAGCAGCCAGAGGACAUUGAUUGGGACGUGCUCAUCGACACGGUUUGCAGGGAGGCAGAGGACGUGCCGGAGAUUGACUGGUGUGAGCCGGGCGAGGCGGCAGCAAUGGAGGCACUUCUGGGUGGCAAGGAUGGGUUCCUAGUGAAGAGGGUCAAGAGCUAUGAUACAGACCGUAAUUAUCCCACAAAGCCAAAGGCAUUGUCCGGCCUCUCGCCAUACCUGCAUUUUGGGCAAAUUUCAGCACAGCGAUGUGCUAUUGAGGCAAAGAAGCGCCGCCAUCUUAGUCCCAAGUCAGUUGAUGCUUUCUUGGAGGAGCUGAUAAUAAGGAGGGAGCUAGCUGACAACUUCUGCUAUUACCAGCCUCACUAUGAUACGCUAGCUGGUGCUUGGGACUGGGCUAGGAAGACACUGCAGGAUCAUGCUUCUGACAAAAGAGAACAUAUUUACACGAGGGAGCAGCUUGAGAGUGCAAAAACAGCUGAUCAUCUCUGGAAUGCAUCACAGUUGGAGAUGGUCCACCAUGGAAAGAUGCACGGAUUCAUGCGAAUGUAUUGGGCCAAAAAAAUUCUAGAAUGGACCAGUGGACCUGAAGAAGCACUUUCCAUAGCAAUAUAUUUGAAUGACAAGUAUCACAUAGAUGGCAGGGACCCUAGUGGCUACGUUGGUUGUAUGUGGUCUAUAUGUGGCCUCCAUGAUCAGGGUUGGAAGGAACGCCCGAUAUUUGGAAAGAUACGUUACAUGAAUUACGCUGGCUGCAAGAGAAAAUUCGACGCCGAUGCUUACAUUUCUUAUGUCAAAAGAUUGGUUACUCAAUCUAAGAAAAGGAAGCUGGAUGAAUCUCUGAAUUCAGUAGUCAAGUAUGCAAAGUCUUAGAAGGACUAGUCCAGCUACUAACAGUAGUUUGGUAUAUAUUUCAAACCUUGUCUAUAGUAGGAAUGACUGUUAUGCCCUUUUAUUCUAGGCAUUUUCUUAAAUUAAAUAAUUGCGUUAGCUAGAAAAGUAUACAGGUUUUAAGCUUCACACCAUUUUACAGCCAUUGACAUUCUUGUGAUAUCUAUCGGUAAAAUUGGCAUUUGUUAAGACUGGCUGAAUUCAGUUGAAGUGAACACACUGAUUUGACUGGUGUGCAUGAAUCUAACACUGGCAAUCUGGUAUAUUACCAAAUGAGCAAACGAGUUUCACCUUUA